AUGCGUCCCAAGGUCUGGAGGAUCCGGUUCGACCCCAAUAACAAGAAUGGUUCCGAUUUCACUGAUUUCAACACUCGAACUAUCAUUCGGGAUACUCUUAGCGUGCUCAUCGCCACUCUCGAUGGCAUUGAGAACAUUGAAUGGGGCGUUGAAAUCUUGGAAGACCCGAUAUACUACAUUCUCCAGUCCGUGCUGUAUCCUAAGACUCCAAAGCGUCGAGUCGAGCUCCAGCUGUGGGUACAAAGAAACCCUUUCAGGAUCAGUGCUGUCCGUGUCUUGGAGAGCAGUCUUCCUGUAGAAAAGCUUCCUGAGCUGCAAGUAUUUGAUUCUGAGACUGUCAAGAAAAUGAAACUGUCCACUUCCAAGGGCGCUCAGGCUGCCGUUAUUUGGAAGACCAGACCUAGAGGUCUCCAAUACUCGGGUAACGCGACUGUUCUGUCCAUCGAAAAGUCCGUCACAGCGGACUUUAUGGGCUUUGGUGAACAGGGUGGCAAGCACCUGUUCAAGAAAAAGACGUACAUGAACUACUUCAAUUUUGACAACAUGAGAUACCAGAAUGUCUACGGCAAGGGACCGACCGAUGACCGAGAGCCUCUGUAUCACUCAGAGCCGUUCUGGAUUGAAGUUGACUCGCACCCUGGAUACAGGUCUCAAAUUUCGACGUUCAUUGAUAAUUACUCGCAUAUUUGCGUUGACGUUGGGGUUAAGGACCAGGGUGCUGUGCGCGUUGCUACGCGCUUCAACAGCUUUCAGGCCAUCAUGGUCGCGGGAGACAGCAUGCAAGAUCUGAUCCAGUCAUAUACGUCCAUUGUUGGCAAACCCAGGCUCAAGCCCCGAUAUGUCUUGGGGUACCACCAAGCCUGCUACGGCUACGAUGAUCAGGAAUCAGUUCUCGAAGCAGUUGAAGAGUAUCGCAAGUGCGGCUUUCCAAUUGAUGGUAUGCACAUCGACGUUGAUAUGCAGGAUGACUACCGAACCUUUACCAUUGACAAGAGAGAAAAGCACUUCCCCGACCCCGUCAACAUGUUCAAGACACUGAGAGAGAAAGGCGUCAAAUGCGGUACUAACAUCACGCCGUAUAUCAGCUCCAUUCCCAGCGAUACCUACUCCACCCUAAAUGAGGGCCUGAAGAACGGGAACUUUAUCAUUGAUGAUCGUGAUAUCGAUCCGUCGGCACCUGAUGCUCAUGAACAACGCUAUCAGGGCUGGAGUGUUGGAAAACAGAUAUUCAUAUCGCCCAUUGACCAGAAGCCGGAUUACUUCGAGCCCGACAAGUCUGAUUUUGCGCAAACCUUCAACAACAAACAGCCCUUCCAUGGUGGUGUCUUUUAUGGUUGGGGUAACGGCCAUCCAGGACACUAUCCUAACUUGAACAAAAAAGAGGUGAGAAAGUGGUGGGGAGAGCAAUACAAGUAUCUCUUUGAGUGCGGGCUUGACUUCGUCUGGCAAGAUAUGACCGGACCUUGCAUUGCAGAGGAGUACGGAGACAUGAAAGCUCUACCAUUCAGGCUCAAACUCGAUUCCGACGGCUGGUCCAAGGACUCCAACCGAGCAGUUCAGAAGAAAGCUAUUGAGAUAUGGGCUCUGUACAGCUACAAUCUGCACAAAGCUACUUACCAUGGCCUGAACAACAUCCACAAGAUCAGUCCACAACUGUCUUGGAGACAGAACAGGCGCAACUUUAUUAUCGGCCGUGGCAGUUUCGUUGGAAGUCAUCGUUUCGCAGGGCUCUGGACUGGAGACAACGCUUCUACCUGGGACUUUCUCAACAUCUCAGUGGCCCAAGUUUUAGCCCUCGGCAUGUCUGGUAUCACUAUCUCGGGGCAGGAUGUUGGUGGUUUCGAGUUCAUCGACUCUGAGCAUGACUUUGUCAACCCCGAGCUUCUCAUUCGUUGGAAUCACUACACCAAGAAACGCUUCUGGGUCGACGGGCCCAGACAGGGUACGAUGAGAAAGGAUGGCAAGCAGUUCCAGGAGCCUUAUGCCUACCAGAAGCACUACGAAGACAACAAGGACAACUAUCAGGGACAUGAAGCGAUGCUUUAUCGGGCUGUUCUUCCUGUCUGCCGUUAUCAAAUUAGACUCCGUUACAGUUUGAUGCAGCUCAUGUACGAUGCCAUGUUUGAGAACCUCAUAACGGGAUUGCCUAUUGCGAGGGCCAUGGUCAUCACCGAUGAAGUUGAUCGAAGUCUGUUCUCGGCCGACAACCAAUACUUUACCAGAAGUCAAUAUAUGGUCAGAAACGACUUACUCGUUGCGCCUGCUCUAAUCCCUGAAGACAAGCGCCGAACCCGCAAGCUCUACCUGCCAUAUCCCGAUAAGUGGUAUGCCAUGAACCUGCGCCCUGAUGACCCUCUGGGUGUGGCGUUGUCCCCUCCCGCUGAGGGUGGUAGCCGGAUCGAGUACAACUGCCUCAUCAGUGAUGAAGAUUCUCAGCUUCCAUAUACCACUCCCAUGUACAUUCGCGAAGGAGGUAUCAUUCCCAAGAUCGAGGUCCGAGACUACAUCCCCGACCCUUCCCUGCCAAAGCAGCCUGCCAAUCCCAUUACUCUACACAUCUACCCGGGCAAAGAUAGUGCAUAUCAAAUGUACCUCGACGACGGUAUUUCGCGAGAAAGCGCCCCUAUCACGGGCGACCCAGGCCUGGGCAUUGACGAUGAGAUGGCUGGCAACAAGUACCGCCAGGUCUCGAUCGAGCAGGCCACCAAGAUCUCCUCUGAACACUCGGUCAUUCAAUUCACACGUACCCUGACUAUUAGGUCUAGGUCUCCCUCCAACGGGUUUGGUGACCUCUCUGAGAUCAUUGGCGGGGAGUACACCGUGGUCUUUUGGCACGAUCCAUCCGCUGACAUCAGCACGGCCAGGGUGGACUCUGCUGCCACAAUCUCGUCUAAGACUCUGAAUGACUCACGCGCGACUGUUGUCUUCCUGCCCGUUGCGGAUGCGCACUCCGAGCAUGGAGUUACUAUCCAACUGGCUCACCUGUGA